UAGUUGACAGUACUGAGCUAGACUUGGGGAAAAGGUAGUUUCCUAACAUCUUAACAGUCCUUUUGAAAGACUAGAAAGACUGAGUUCAAUAGGUUUCCCUAAGGAAGGAGUUUUAUAAUUGUAUAGUCACAUGUAUGUACAAAGUUUAAGCUACAAAAGUUUUCCCAAAUAACUUGGACAAGAGAACUUAAUAUUUUUUUUUAUUAUACCUAGAAACAAGAAGUUGGACAUGUAUUUAAUUGUUGAACAGAAGUCCUGGUGGUUCCUCUAACGGGUGGCACACUUGAAAGAGUGGCAAACACCACAGUCUGUACAAAUCCAGGUUUCAGUCUGAUUGCUCAAGCUUACCACCCUGCUAGACUUCAGCUGCUUCUGCCCAUAGCUCUGCCCUCCUCACAGGCAAGAUGUCCUGGGUGCAAGCUGCAAUCAGCCAGCACAGCGAAGAUGUGUUUGAUGAAGAUGCAAAUGAAAUGGACAUAGCUCAGAAAGAAUGGAAGAGCACCAUGGAGAAACGAGUCAAAGAAGGCUAUAGGGAUGGAGCAGAAGCUGGAAAACUGUUGACAGUUCAACAGGGUUUUAAUCAUGGGUAUGAAGCAGCAGCAAGGAAGAUGAUCUCAUGUGGCCAACUCAAAGGAACCAUAAGUGCUCUUUCGUUCUGGUGUCAACACAAUGGAUGCAGUUCUGUAGUGCUGAGCGAGGUAACUGACCUGCUGAACGAAUUGGGAAAAUACGAAGAAUCUGUGUUUAGAAGUCUUAACUCUACCCACCUGCAGCCCCCUGUUGAAGACUUGCUGGAUACUAUUGAGGACAUGGACCUCGGUCAUGCCCUCUUACCUGAGAAACAGCAUGAUGGAACUACAGGUGGAAGAAUAUCUGAAAACGGCAUUGAGUUUAGUGGACAGUCUUGCAGAAAUGAUAGCAGGACUGGAUCCUUCCAAGAAGAAUGUUGCAGAAGGAGAAACGGUGGUACUGAUUCCAAAAAGCCAGUGUUUACUUGGCUAAAGGAAAAAACUAUCAAUUUAGUGGAUCAGCUAGGUUUGCCACCAGACACAAUUGAACACAUUCAGCUAUUGCAAAGUUAAUUCAUUGUGUGGAUUUUUUAAAAGUUUUUUUUUUUAAGUAUCGUUUUCCCACAGAAGUACAACUACCUCAGAACUGGCUGAAAUGCAGAGAUUUUGCUUUCAAAUAUUCCUUAAUGUGCCCUUAAUGUAGUAGAUAAAAUCCUGCGGUAGUACAUGGAUAUGGCUUCUGAUUAAUUUGUACACUGUCUAAUCUCCUUUAACAAACUUUGCAAACACAUCUUAUGUUAGUAAAUCAUUCCAGGCACUCUAAUCUAUGUUACAUCGCUGUUCCAGAGAUGUGAAAUACAGCCUUGCAAGAGGGGAUUAUUCUCUCUUCCCCUUGCCCACUUCCCCGAUACAUAGGAAGAAUGGGUGUUAAAUGCAAUUUGUAAAGAUAUCUUUAACAUUUUACUGUAUUUGCAUUUUUAAAAUAUGGUGGAAGGGUCCCAGUCCCGUGAGAUGAACAGGCAUAAAGCUGGGAAAUUAACUCAUUCCUCCCCUGCUUUGUUUUGGGAAAUUCUCUGAAGCUAGGAUUUGCUUUGAGGAAGAAAUUCUUUGUUGGUGCUGGCUGAUGCUAUUUGCAUUUUUUAAUAUCUGAAAUAUAAAGGUGCAUUUAAUGUUACCUUGAGUUUGGCCUUCAGAUAUUUACUGAAGCAUUUCUUAGCUGGUAAACUAGUCUGUACAUAGUGCGGUUCUCUCUUCAUAAGCUUUCUGGGGAAAACCUUGCCCAGAAGUCAGUGCUGCACUAAUCAGGGGCAGGUGGACAAUGAGAGAAGAGGCAGGCCUAUUCAAGAGAACAAAGAAAUAGAAAUUCCUCUUCAAAAGGAAUUAAUGUUUCUUUCGAACUGGGGUGACUAACUUGUGUCCCACUUCUGUCACCUCCAAUACCCUCACAAAAAUUGACAUUACUAACUUUAAUAAUAAAAAUGACUGAUAGUGUAAAAUAAUUUAUUGGAAAGCAGCCUCAAGAAGUGCAGUUCUCGCUACUCACAGGAAGGUUGACCAUGGGUCAAUGUGGCCCCCCGAAAGAUUAGCCUCCUCUCUCCCUAAUAAUAUGAGUUCUAUGGGUCUUUUGCUGCCCUUACUUUGCUGUACUAUAGCUACCACUACUUGAGCUCUACCUGGUUCAGACCAAGAGAGGUCAUGUUGUGUGUGAGACACACACACAUACACACAAUCAUGUAAAAAUACUUACCUGUACUUCAUCUUACAUGUAGAGCAAGGUGAACAUAUUGUCUGUGCAAGGGCAGAUUUCAGGAGAGAGAUUCAUACUCUGUCCAGUAGAGAUUGCACACAAAAUAGUAUAAUUAUGGGAAAGGACUGGGGUACAAAAGUUUCAUUGUAGUGUAAAGAUGGUUCAUUUAUCUGUUAAUUUUAACUAUGUCCCCAAGUAAUCAAAUCAAUGCUAUCUGGAAAAAUGCCCCUCUGUGACUAACAUUUGAUGAAUAUCUUGAGAAUAUCCCACGUUCUGUCAUACUGAGUAUGUUUUGGAAGCACACCUCUUAUUUUAUAUAAAAAAGUGUGCAUAACUUAGUUUUAGAUUGAGGCUUCCUGUUUCCGGCGGUGAGAAAUGGCUGACUCCCAUAUGAUUGGACCUCAGCUGUGCCAGUAAUUCAGGGCUGAUAUGGGGGUAAUUAGCCCUGGCAGACUCCCCAGGGUGGGGGAGGACUGUCUCAUAGACCCGCAGAUUGUCCGAGAUUGUCAGCUUGCAUCAAGGUGCAAGCAGCAGGACAUUGGGUCCCAGAGCACGACACGGCUGGGACUCUCCGACGCCACUCUCAUAGCCGGAAAUAUCUGUUUGAUAAAAUCAUUAGAUUUGGACAAUAAACAGACAUAGUCUGCACUGAAGAAGACUGAGAAAAAACCUGCAGAAUGGCACAGUCCCUGGUGUUUAAGCUCGGACUUCAAAGAGAUUCUCAUCAUGGUGUUUGGAUUACGGAGGUGAUCAGUACGUUCUUUUUCUCUUCUCAAUACCUACAAUUGUUUUUCUACGCCAAGCCUCAUUAAGAAACCUAUUUUUUUUAAAAAAGUACAGAUGGACUUAUAUUUAUAAUUAAGUAUUCAAUUGCACAGCUUUGCUUAGACUUAAAAGACUUGAUAAAGAUGGUGCUUGUUAAUAUGACGCAGCAGAGAAAAAUGAGAGUUCCUCCCUUUUUCGAGGGAAGUGAGAGAUGCUUGCUCGCUGACUUUGUAGUGACUUGAGACAAUAAUUUGGGAUAACAUACAGUGCAUCUGUUUGCAGAAUUUCAUUAUGAGUGAGAGAGAAGGCUAAAUGGAUGUCUAGCAGCCCCCUUUCUAAGGCCCAGAAGGGGGGAUUGUGUGGUCUCUGAAAGCUGAUCGGUCACCAAAUGACUUAUAUCUGUGGAAUACAGUUCAUGUACAUUGCAAUAUUGCAAACAGUAUGCUUAACAUCAAACGACAGGCUUGGACAAAAGGCCGGAUUGGAAUAACUUAACAACAUGGGAGUUGUUGCAUCAUUAAACUAAACGGUAGACUUGGACAACAGCCCAGAUUGGAAGAUUGGAAUGAAGUCAGGAAAAGCUGCAUUGGCAAAUAGACAGUUGGAAAAAUACAUAUUUACAAAUAAAGCUGUAUUCGAUGGAUGAAAGGAUAAAGGAUUUCUGACAUGAUUGAGAAUUGCAUAGCCAGAUGGAUUAUGUUGGAUUAAAAGGAUUGGAAAGAACUUGGAACGUUGAUUAGAAUGGCAGCAAUUAUUGAUAUUCAGAACCCUUAGAAUUUGAAGCAUGGGGAAGCAAAAAUUUUAUAAUUUGGCAUAAUAUUUGGUUUAAUAGAUAUAUAUUUGUAUAAUUUGGAAUAAUUGGUUUGAUAUGAUUGAUUUGUAAGUGAAAAUCUAAUAAAAAUUGAUUUUUUUGCAUAGCCAGGGACGGAGAACUUUAAAGCAUUAAGAUUGGAAGGUGGAAAAUAUGAGAACAAGAAGAAGAAGGCAGGAACGAAGAUAUUUGAGAUAUACAGUGGUACCUCGGUUUACAAACACAAUUGGUUCCGGAAGUCUGUACUUAACCUGAAGUGUACUUAACCUGAAGCGAACUUUCCUAUUGAAAGUAAUGGAAUGUGGAUUAAUCCGUUCCAGACAGGUCCGUGGAGUACUUAAACUGAAAGUACUCAAACCGAAGCGUACUUAAACUGAGGUAUAACUGUACUUCAAGAGGUCCAGACUAUGGGGAGCCUGGAAAAAUUAAUAAUUAGGACUGUAAUUUGGUUUUUUAAAUUUUUAUUGUUUUAAUUGGAUUAUGAGCAUGGAUAUGUUAAUUGGUUGUUUUUAUUGAAAAAUUAAUAAAAAUGAUUUUUUUAAUUAAAAAAAGACCCUAUUUUUAAAAUAGGGUCUGACUUUGGAAAAAAGGAAACUUUAGUGUUAAGAAAAAAGCUCAAUUUAGACAAACUUUCAGGUGGACUGGAGUUCUGCCACAGGGUGUGACCAGUAUAAAGAUCAAAGUUGAAUUAAAAUAACUCACCCACCCCUGCCAAAAAAUGUUUAUCCUACUAAAAAAAAGUUCCUAAAGCUUUGUUUAACAUACUACUUCAGAAAACCUACUUUUUCUAAACACUCACUAUAAAAUAACCCGUACAAAGUUGAAACUUAAUGUUUAAUAAGGUGGUAAACAAGCAUAUGCAAUUUGACAUCAAAUCUCUGCAUUCAAAUUGCUUUUGUGACUUAAAAUUAACUUUUUCCUAUGUUUUUCACUAAGCAGAAUUAGUUUUGCCCAGUUGUAACUUGUGAGAGAAAUAAACCAAGUAUUACACCAAAAAUAAUACUGCUGUUGCUCAGUUUCACAAGUAGCCACACUACUGCUGGUUAUGUUCAACUUGUUGGUCUUUGCAGUUUUCCUCACAGACUCCGUCUUUGCUCAGAGAAGUUUCCUCAGCUUUUUGUUGGGUGGCUUUCUUGAAAAUGGCUCUCAUGAGAACCGGAAUUGACAUACACCUAAGAGAAGGGCAAAGUCAUCCAAUAUUUAAGGAAUUGCUAAUUCACUCAAUACAAUCUGGCUGCUCCACAUUGCUCUGACUGGUGUAUGAGCAAGCUGCAUUUGCCACUGUCUCCAAACAAGUCAGCGCAGUGCAGAAGGCUUUAUAGAUUACAUAAAAUAAAUUUCUAAAGUUCCAUGCCAGUUCUUCUGUAAGGUGACAAAUAUUUGCAUAUUUUGCAUUGCUCACUCAACAGGAGCUAUUUGAAUCUUUAAAGUUGCAUCCCUUCAUACUGCUCAAAAUCCUACCCAUGCUUGAUGUUUGAUGUUUCACAAGUAUUUCCUAUUCCUCCAC